ACCAAUCUAACCGGAGGACCUACUCAGUCUACGUCGAAUGCUCCUGGUGGCAAGAUCGGGUUUCGGGUUACGAGAAGGAUCGUCGUCGCUUACCUACCUGUGUCUGUGUCGUGUCUGAAGAAAGUCUUUCUUCCUUGUUCGUCGGUUGGUUCAUUGGAACGGGCCAAUCCUGUCAGGAGGGGUGUGAAUCGGCAAGAGUCAUCGUCAUCACGCGCAAGACCUGAAGAGCUGAGGGCAAGUGCAUUUGUGUGGUUUCCCGUUGGCACUUUGGAUUUAUAGUUCUGAACCGGAUUUAGUGGUUGGUUUUUUGAAGUGCAUCACAAUGAAAUUCACCCCGCCACCAAAUUCCCUCCGAGGUCCCCUCGUCAUCCCGGACAAGAUUAUGAUGGGUCCGGGACCGUCCAACUGUUCGAAGCGUGUUCUCGCUGCUCUGAACAACACCUGCCUUAGUAACUUCCACGAUGAGCUGUUCCAAGUGAUCGACGAAGUCAAAGACGGCCUACGGUACAUCUUCCAAACGGAAAACCGAACGACCAUGUGCAUCACGGGUUCGGCCCACACCGGCAUGGAAGCUCUGCUGUGCAAUCUGCUGGAAGAGGGAGACAUCGUACUGAUCGCGAACAAUGGCAUCUGGGCCGAACGUGCGAUCAAUAUGGCCACCCGUUAUGGAGCCGACGUCCGGGUACUGGCAGGACCAGCCGACAGACCAUUCUCGAUGACCGAUUUCAAAAAGGCGAUCGAACAGCACAGACCGAAGUGUCUGUUCGUGGUACACGGAGAUUCUUCGUCUGGGUUGCUGCAACCUCUGGAAGGACUGGGCAAAAUCUGCCACGACUAUGACUGCCUACUGUUGGUAGAUGCCGUGGCUAGCCUGUGCGGGGUUCCGUUCUACAUGGACAAAUGGGAGAUCGAUGGCGCCUAUACCGGGUCACAGAAGGUGCUGGGUGCCCCACCCGGAAUAACGCCCAUUUCGAUCAGUCCGAAGGCAUUAGAAGUGAUUCGAUCGAGAAAAACACCAUCCAAAGUAUUCUACUGGGACCUGCUAGUGUUGGGCAACUACUGGGGAUGCUACGAUGAGCAGAAGCGGUAUCACCACACCGUCCCGUCCAACCUGAUAUUUGCCCUCCGCGAAGCCAUCGCCCAGGUGGCGGACGAAGGUCUUGAAGCGGUCAUUCGCCGGAGACAGGAAUGUGCCGAGCAAAUGUACCGCGGCCUGCAGGCCAUGGGCCUGGAAGUAUUCGUCAAAGAGCCCAAACAUCGGCUGCCGACCGUGACCUGUAUUAUGAUCCCCAAGGACGUCAACUGGUGGAAGGUCUCCGAGUACGCCAUGAAUAACUUCUCCUUGGAGAUUCAGGGUGGAUUCGGACCCACGAUGGGAAUUGCGUGGCGGGCCGGAAUUAUGGGCGAGAGUUCAACACUACAGCGGGUAAACUUCUACCUUUAUGUGUUCAAGGAAUCUCUCAAGGCUACUCAUCCGGACUACAUAUUCGUCGAGAGAAACGGUCACACGAACGGGAUGAAGUAAUGUUUGUCACAAUACAGCGAAUGCAGAAGAGCGGUUUUCACUAAACCACAAUUCAUGAGCAAUUGUAGCUUCAAUUUUUUGUUCUUUUUGUAACAAAGAUGGUGGUUAAUUAAGCUAAAUAAAAAGUUAGACAAUUGA